GUUGAAGGAGCGCGAUUUAUUUCAAGAAGAUUCUUAUGGGACACUGAAAACAUUAGCAACGUUAUUUACCUCGUGAUGAGUGAAGAUUAUCUAGAAUUAGCUGAUGGAUUGAGUAAAGUAACUUCUGAUAAAUUCUGGAAUCCAUCGGCAAGUUUCAUUAUUGUCGUGCAAAACGUGGAAGAGUACAGUUUGUAUGACUUGACUCAUCUACUUCAUACAUAUAAUAUAUUUCAUAAAGUUUCAGUCAUAUCACGUGAUGGUGACGAUUAUUCUAUUUACAGUUAUAACUUUACGAACGCUGGAUAUUGUUUGAAAGAUAACCAUCUAACAUUCUGGAUGCGAUGUUCUGAUUACAUUCAUAGUGUUGGUAAAUUAUUACCUCCCGUACAAAAAGGGACCAUCCGUGGUUGUCAAUACAGGUUGGUGACGCGUAAUUUAUGGCCACUUGUAAACUUCCACACUGAUACCGAGGGUAUUGAACAAUUUUUUUUGUCAUUAUUUAUCAAACAAUACGGAGUGAAAAUUGAUUUACAUGAAUAUAAAAAAGUUGACCGAUUCGGAAAACGUUAUGAUAACGAAACACACAUUUUAAUAAAGAAAGUUUUGGAUAAUGAAUUUGAAGGCGUUUUUGGGGGAUACGAGAUAAACUCAGUGUAUUCCGAUUCUGCUUUUAUAAUACCUUAUGCCAUUCAAGCAGAUUUGUUUAGUGCGACGGCUCGACCGGUAAGAGGCUUCGAACCAAAGGAGGCGACGGAGUUACAAAAUUACAAGCCCGUUUUAUAUAGUGAGUGGCAGCAUCGUAAUAAGUUUGACGGACACUUCGAUUGUGGCACUAGGCGUAAUUGCUUGCUUACUGUAAGAAACUGUCCAAACAGGUCUCUGUAUACACUUGUAUCAGGGUGCCACUAUAGGGUGAAUCAACGGUAUCUAACUAAUAACCAAUGUGAACUAAUGACGUAUAAAUUGAAGGAACCUUAUGUGAGUAUUUACAGGACGAUAUAUUUGCGCCGUGGUUCUGCUUUGAUUGGACCUCUAAAUAAUUUCAUUCUGCAGAGUUCGCCCACGGGGAUCUUAACGAAGUAUUCUUCAGACAUUUAUAGUCGAGAAUGGUUUAAAUGUAAGUCACGUGACCGACCUCAGAAAGUGGCUCUAACUUUGGAGAAUUUUUAUAAUGCUUUUAUGAUAUUAAUUGGUGGAUAUUGUUUGUCUAUACUAUCAUUUCUUUAUGAGGUUUUGAUCGCAAAAAUAUAUAGGAAGCACGCAUAG